AUGCCAAGCUCUAUCAUUGAUCAUUCUAGCGCCACAAAUGGGAAUGCUCCAUCAUGUUUGCCCGUUGACAACCCAGUCGAAUGCUUCUGGCAGAUGGAAGGCCAUGAGCUUAGCAAUUAUCGCUCAACAGAAGAGCUUCCAGAUCAUAGCGACAUUGUGAUUGUUGGUGCUGGAUACGCUGGCGUGGCCACUGCCUAUCACCUCGCUCAAGAACUUGGUGACUCGGCCCGGUCGAUCACAAUCCUGGAAGCCCGCUCAGCCUGUUCUGGCGCAACUGGUCGGAAUGGCGGCCAUUUACGACCUGAUCUGUACGGCCACAUUCCAACUUAUAUCGACCGGGCCGGAGCAAAGGCGGGAGCGGAGAUCGCGGAAUUUGAGAUUGCACAUGUGAAAGCGAUGAAGAAAUUCAUUGAGGAGGAAAGAAUCGACUGUGACUUUACCUUGACCAGAUCCUUUGAUGUCUGGUGCAACAAGGAAGCUGCACAGAAAGCGAAAGCGAUUUACGACCACAUGGUCUCAGAAAAAUUCGAUCAUAUGGAAGAUGUUGCAUUCUAUACCGGCGAUCAUGUCGAAGGGUUAUGUGGCGUCAAAGGCGCCGUGGCAUGCGCCUCCUACACAGCCGGAACGAUUUGGCCUUACAAAUUCAUCAUGCAUCUCAUUCGGAAGCUGAAUUCCAGCAAUAGAGUCAAUCUACAAACAAACACGCCAGUCUUAUCCAUCGAUGCAGACGAAAAUGGGGGUUACUCUAUCAAAAGUCCACGUGGCCAUAUGCAUGCUGAUCAAGUCAUCCAUGCGAACAAUGCAUACGUCUCUGGUCUUCUCCCUGAAUAUAAAAAGAACAUUGUUCCUUGUAAAGGAAUCUGCUGUCGCAUCACUGUCCCCGACGGAGUGAGAGCCCCGCUGCUCAACAACUCUUACAUUCAUCGGACUGAAGACAACGUACUUUCCUACCUGAUCCCUCGAGCCGAUGGAAGCAUCGUCGUUGGAGGAGCAGCUGCCAUUUUUAAAUCUUUCAGGGAUCAAUGGUACAACAAUGUUGACGACAGUGUCUUGAUUGAAGCUGCCAAGAAUUAUUAUUCCGGCUUUAUGCAACGCACUUUCAAUGGCUGGGAAAAUACAGGUGCCCGUGUUCAGAAGAUCUGGUCCGGUGUCAUGGGCUACUCUUACGACUCGAAUCCUCAUGUAGGCCAGGUUCCGGCCCGAGAAAAUCAGUUCAUUCUUGCUGGCUUCAAUGGUCACGGCAUGCCGGUCAUUUGGUUAGCAUCAAAAGAACUAGCCAAAAUGGUCGCUCGAGGAAUCUCGUUCGAGGAGACAAGUCUGCCCGGGCUUUUCAAAACGUCUCGUGAACGCAUUGAUCGAGCGCAGAAGAGUCGCGAGGAGGAUGGUGACAUUCUCGGCACUGGAAAUUCCCCGCGACGAAGCAAUGAAUCGCCUUUCACCAAGGAAGAUCUCAAGUCGACGGAACAUAAGAGACUCACAUGA